GACACGGCAAGAUACACAAGAACCUCGUCUCUCGUCUAUCCCACUCACAUCUUCCUCGCAGAUAAACAAUGGGUCGGGUCAUUAGGGCACAGAGGCGUUCGCAUGCCAUCUUCAAGGCACACACUCACCACAACAAGGCGCCUGCCAAGCUCCGCCCUCUGGACUACGCAGAACGCAACGGCUACAUUCGCGGUAUCGUGAAAGAAAUCAUCCAUGACCCCGGACGCGGUGCACCCCUCGCUCGCGUCGUUUUCCGUGACCCCUACCGUUACAAGCUCCGCACCGAGACCUUCGUUGCCACCGAGGGCCUCCACACCGGUGCCUUCGUCUACUGCGGCAAAAAAGCCGCCUUGGCGGUCGGAAACGUUCUUCCCGUCAACCAAUGCCCGGAAGGUACCAUCGUGUGCAACGUAGAAGAGAAAGUCGGCGACCGCGGUGCCCUUGCUCGCACGUCGGGUAACUACGCAACCGUCAUCGGUCACUCCCCAGAGGACAACAAGACCCGGAUACGGCUCCCCUCUGGCGCAAAGAAGACGGUUUCAGGGAGUGCACGUGCAACAGUGGGUAUUGUUGCGGGUGGAGGCAGGAUCGACAAGCCAUUGCUUAAGGCUGGUCGGGCAUACUACAAAUACAAGGCUAAGCGCAACAGCUGGCCUCGUACUCGUGGUGUUGCUAUGAACCCCGUCGACCAUCCCCACGGUGGUGGUAACCACCAACACAUCGGCAAAGCCUCCACCAUCGCACGCUCCGCCGUUCCUGGACAAAAGGUUGGUCUCAUUGCUGCCCGCCGGACAGGUCUCCUGCGUGGUACGGUCAAAGUCAAGGAGGUUUAAAGCAACUGGGCCGCGCUUCCAUAUUUUACCUUCUGUGCAUGCACGCGUGUUCCUUUCUAUACAGCCGAUGCCAUCCUCUGCCAAAACGAUGUAUGCGCUAUCGCAUAUGCAUAUAUGCCUUUUAUGCAGGUGUGCUAUUUGAGGGAUUCAGUCGCGCUGAUACUACGAGCGCGGUUAAUUAACGUGCCGCAUGGCUGCGCUUGCCUUCGUAAGUUCAGAAACUCCGUUGGCCAGGAGGGAUCUGCCGUGCAUGACACGAAAAGAGGCCCCUGGAUGACCUGGUACACGAUGUGUAUUUAGGCGUAUCAUUG